CGUGAACCGUUGCAGACGUGUUUUUUUCGUUUUGCGCCAUACGCCAACAACUCUUCCAAUACUUCGAGCGCGCGGUUUUGGAUGUGUAGUAAAUCGGACAAGUGUGUGUCGCUCGGUUGCUAUAAAAAUAACGCUGAAGUUCAAGUGUAUAGUAAUUGUUUACUUAUAACUCGUACAUGUGCAGCGUGAUUCCGAAUGAGACACAUUCAUUCCAAGUAUGGUGAUUUUUUAAUUGAGGUUCGACAGUGUCGGCAGUCCCGAGUUCCAAGUGCGCGCCACUUAGACCACGGAGCGGGUUGCUGUUCUACAGGUUUUAUAGCAUCCGUUGGGUGCAUGUGUGAAUGGGAAUGAUGAUAAUUCUUCGAUCGUCGACACAGACGACGACGACGACGGGGGAAGGCGCAGUAGUGUAAGACCCCCAAAAAGAAACAUUUGUAGACAUUUUAUUUUUCGAGACGGAACGGGUGAAGAAAACAACCGUCGGUCGCCCAGUUACUGGAAAGGGCAGAAGAGCGUAGAAGUCAGUGAAUGGGAACGGCGACGAUUUAAGAAAACCGAGAUAUUAGAAGCGAAUUCAGUCUCGCGCCCAGCCCAUAUAUCAGCAUCAGUGUUUAGGGGAAGAAAGCUGGCAAAGCCGUUUAAGUCCGGAAGAAUGUAAUAUUUUUAUGUGAUUUAGAGUGUGAUUCGAAAUGUGUACGUGCUGUUGGGGCGGCGUUGUGUUUUAAGUGAAAAUAAAUACGAUACAAAUUUUGUAACAGUGGAAGAGUUAUCCGAGCUUAGUAGUGUACUGGGAAGAACAUAACUUCAACUAGUAAACUCCAACCACUACCACAGGGCUUCGGCCUCUAAUGCCAGCAGCAAGGUAUCAAUCACAAGUGUCAUCACGUGGUUUUUCGGGAUGCCAACGCACAGACAGCUCUCUUCCUGAAGCCCAAAAUCGCGGCCGAGCUCGAAGAAAUAUGUGUCCCGCGAUAGCUGCGACAGCAUAUGCAAAUUUGCAAAACUCAUCAACUUCAGCGACGACCGAGUCGCUGGAAGAAAAAUAAACUACGCGCCUCUAACUAGUAGCGGCGGGAAAAAAAAAAGUGUCCAAGUGUAGUUUUAAGCCAAAAGCGUAUUCGACGACAGCGACGAGCAAAACGAGGUUGACAGUCAGCCACCGAUCGAACGGGAAAAAAGAUGCGCAAGACAGUUUCUAGUGUCUCACUCUGUGAAAGUCAUUUUUGUGCGAAAAGUUUCGGUGAAGUUUGACGUCGUAGAAGAGUUUUUAAGCGAGUGAGUCUUGUGUUAUUUUAUGGUCAAUUUCAAACCACUUUUGCGCGUCAACUUACUACUUAUGUUUAUGUUUGAUGCGUCCGAAAAGGCAGAGUGUGGUGAAAAUGUUUAGAAGAAAAAUGUACAGUAUAUGUUUGGAUAAGCGCAAAAUGUUGCAACCAUCUGUGAUAUAUUUGAUAAUAAUCGUACAAAUUGCCACGUGGAGCGGAACAGCAACUGUUUCUGCAAGCGAUUUGGAAGCCAACGAUAUGUACCACGACCUGAUAGUCCAGAGCGGGGCCCCCGAAAUUGUGUCCUACAAACCGGAGGUCGAGCUGGAGGUUAACUCCCAGUUCGAGAUGAUCUGCAAAUCAGCAGAACCGAUCCGGUGGCACAUCCGGCGCACCGAAGAUGAGAACAUCGAGGCACCGGAACUGAUUACAAUCUCCGAGGUGGAGACACAUGAUGAGAGUAAACCACACGGGAGCCGAGUUAGUAUAACGGCAGCAACGGCAGAAGUCGUCGGUCGGUAUUACUGUGUCUUCGAGUCGGCGGAGAAUGAAAACCAAGAUCUAGAGGAACUUGAGGAACAGUUCAAAGCUACCAGUACCUACAUCUUCGUCAAGGAUCCCAACAACCCAUUGGUUCCAGUGAAUCCAGUAGUAUACGCUAGGCAGUACGAGGACGUGGUCAUUCCUUGCAAACCCUCGUCGAAAGAUAUCCACGUGGAACUCGUUAAGGACGAACAAGAGAUGCAAAUCGACAACUACAAGUACACUGAAACCGUCGGCUUUGUGCUAACCCCGUACCGGUUGGACGAAAGCGGCCUUUACCUAUGCCGUCCCAAGGAGGAUCCGGACAAACCGAUACACUUCCAGCUGGAUGUGAUGGAAUCCUAUGAGUACGAACAAGCCGUUACGGAGUACAUUCAGCGGCCCCGGAUUGAGAGCCGAAGCGGGGAGUACAUCAAACAGGGUGAAACCCUCAAGCUCGUCUGCUCGCUGGACGUGUCCGAGGGCGUCAAGUUCGAUAUGAGGUGGUUCCUGCCGAACAAACAGCUGGCGCAGAAUGACACCCGAACAACGAUCAGUCGAAUAUCGGUAAUGUCGCACCCGCAACGGCCACAAUACACCAUUGGAACAUCCGAACUCACAAUCGAACAGACCACCGCUAGCGACACCGGUUUCUACAAGUGUGAAGCUCAAGACCAUCACAAACACGUGAACCAUCGGGCGGCUCGAAUCGUCAUCGUGGAACAGGGCGCCGUAUUCAUAAAUCUCACCGAAGACAAUAUGCUGGACUUGAUUAACACCACCAGCCGGCGACCCAUCAAAAUCGUGAUCAAGUACAGUGCCCACCCAAAGCCACUAUUCCACUGGGUGAGAGACGACAGUGAGGAAGCGUUGGAGGCGGGGGAUAAGUAUGACAUAUCCGAAAACAAUAAGCAAGUGACGCUUAUUAUCAAGCAUCCUAAUAUUUACGACACCGGCGUUUAUACGCUGCAUGCAGUGAACGAAGGUACCAAUGCCAGUUAUAACAUGAAGGUGUAUGUUAGGGAAAAACCUAUCCUGAAGAUGAACCCAAUCUUCGCACGUCCGAAGGAAAUGGUCACGUUCGUAUGUACUGCAAUCGGGUACCCCAAACCGAAUAUGCGUUUCGCUUUCAUUCCAUGUACUGGAGAACCAUGGACCAACUGUUCUAAGCCCAUCCAGUCAAAGAAUAUACGCGAAUACACCGCUCGAUUAGUCGCUUGGGCAGAGCCGGACGAGGUGGUCAUGCUGAGGGGAUUCCGUUUGCAGGAAAGCGGCAAGAACAGGGAUAUCAUCACCGUUGAGCAGUACAGCUUCCAGGCGGAUACGGCGGGAUAUGUGGGCUGCUACGCUUCCAACAGUGAAGGUCAAGACUUUGUGAAAGCCGAUCUGCUGAUCAGCGAUCUGGAGGAACCGGUCUCGAUCGUACAGGAGGCACCCAAAACGGAUGUCACCUUCGGAGAUCGUGUGUCCAUUGUGUGUGCGGCUUCGGUUUACAACUACACCAGCCAGAUAGCCUUUUUCCAGAACGACAUUGAGCUAACUGAUGAAAGUACAAAUGGAGUGUCGUUCGAGGCUUGGUACGAAACAUAUGCCUUCCGGAAAAGGCUGAUAAUCGAUGACGUUGCAAAGGAACAUGAAGGAGAGAUCCGGUGUCAGGCAAACGUGGCCAAUUCGGAUCUCAUCGAAAGCAAGGAAAUAAGGUUGAUCGUUCAUGUGCCGAUUCAACCGAAAAUUUUGGAAGGGAGUGACACCGUCGAGCUGGAACUGGGCAUGGGUGAUACCAAUCAGUUCCAGUGCAGCGUCGAGGGAAUGCCUCAACCGACGGUGGAAUGGUUAAAAGAUGGCAUGCCGAUGGAUUUCGAGAAUGAAACCAGAAUUCAACUAAUUAACGGGACGACGGUUUUCUUCCAGUUUUUAAAGGCAGAAGAUUCUGGUGAAUACUCAUGCCGUGUACAGAAUAAGGUCGGCCAUGCCGAAAAGCUGUGGAACUUACGGGUAAAAACUGUGACCAUUCGAAGAACCUGGAUAUAUUUAGUCCUCUCGCUGUUGAUAGUAUUAUGUUUAGCCGUUAUUCUAAUCUCAAUGUUUUACUAUAAGAAAAAGAAAGAAGUGAAGGCCAUGAAGGAAGCUGGCCUAGCCAACUUUGAAGAAGGAAACUUGGAACAAAUGAAUCCGGAAAUAUCGCUGGAUGAACAAGCGGACUUACUGCCAUACAAAAGCGAAUAUGAAUUUCCGAAGGAAAGGCUAAAACUCGGCAAGCAGUUGGGAGCGGGUGCCUUCGGUGUGGUAAUGAAGGCUACCGCUAGCGGGAUAAUGGUCAAUGAGGACGAGACGAUCGUUGCCGUGAAAAUGGUGAAGAAGCAAACCGAUAACGAAGUGAUGCGAGCACUGAUUUCGGAGCUGAAGAUCAUGGUACAUCUGGGACAGCAUCUCAAUGUAGUGAAUCUGCUGGGAGCAGUUACCAAAAACAUUGCCAAAAGAGAACUUAUGGUGAUUGUAGAAUAUUGCCGCUUUGGAAACGUUCAGAACUUCCUGCUCAAACAUCGACCCUACUUUAUCGACCAGAUCAACUCGGACACGGGUGAAAUUGAUCCCAGUAUCGAGAAGAACCAAUUCCGGUGGUCCAAAGCUGGCUACAUGUACAACAGUCAGGGCUUGAAAUAUGUUAAUCUUUCGUUUUCUACACACAACGUGAACAAUCACAACAACAACAACAACAAUACUCACCAACCUACGAACAACUAUCCGAUUUACUGCAACAACGUCAACAGCAACAAUUCGGCAAACUACACCAACCCGAAGAAUCAUCUCAAUUCGAAGGGGUACGUCAGGCAUUCCGGAAUCCAAAACAUGGCCAUGGUGGACAGCUGCAACACGGAAGCCACUGUGAUGACGUCGAUCGAAGGUGAAGAACUAAACACCAACAACACGGUCAACUCGAACGAACCGCUGUGGCGCUCCAACUAUGGUAUGGACUACAAAGGUCCUGCCCGAUCGGUAACCACCACCGAUCUGGUUUGCUGGGCUUCCCAGGUGGCCUCCGGUAUGGAAUACCUAGCGUCCCGGAAGGUCCUACACGGCGAUCUAGCCGCACGUAACAUUCUCCUGUGCGAUGACAAUGUUGUCAAGAUCUGCGACUUUGGGCUUGCCCGGUCAAUGUACAAGAGCGACAACUACAAGAAGAAGGGCGAAGCUCCCCUGCCGUUCAAGUGGCUGGCCCUGGAGUGUAUCAGUGAUAAUAUCUUCGGAACGUACUCAGAUGUGUGGGCCUACGGUAUUGUACUGUGGGAGCUGUUUUCAUUAGCUAAGGUCCCCUAUCCGGGAAUGGAAGCCAACCAGGAACUGUACAACAAACUACGAGAUGGUUAUCGGAUGGAUAAGCCACAGUAUGCCAAUCAGGACAUAUAUGAUAUUAUGUUAAACUGCUGGAAUGUUAAACCAGACACUAGACCCAGUUUCAAAGAUCUGAAAAGCCGGUUCAACGCAAUGCUGCCGGAGGAGCUGAGGGAUCACUACAUCGAUCUCAACGAGCCAUAUUUAGCGAUGAAUGCCGAAAAAGAGCAACGAGGUGAUCCAGACUAUCUCGCAAGUCUUGGCCCGCCGGAAGAACAGGCGCCAUCGGCGCCUCCAAAUUACGUCAACGGAAUCAUACUACCGUUACCACCCAUUUCCGACAAGCCAGACUAUCUGAAAAUGUCAACCACCAAGUCCGACUCUGAGGAAAGCCAGUUUGAUUUUGCCUCCUUCAACAACAGCCAACCGUCGCCAACGUUGAAGAACAAUCUGGACACCAGUCCCCAGCAGGGCAGUAAACGUCACAAGAAAAAGGGAAUUCCCGAGGAAAUCCCGAUGCUGCACAAUCACGGCAAAGGUUUCAAUUCCGAUUCGGAAACGGAAGCGACCAGCCCCGUGCCCACGGUACGCACAUCGAAAAUCCAGCAGCCCGAACACGAGUACACAAACCUUAAACGACUAGAUCGGACAGCCGACGACAAACCACAAACGACGAAUGACGCGUUCAGCAAUCCCGGCUACGUGAUGGUGAAAACGGUCAACGAGAAGAGAUUAAACUGAAUAUCCUGACGACGGUUGAUAGUGUAGGAGCAACCUGGGGCCGCACAAGCCAACCUCAAACUUACUUACUUGUUAGCACACUGCAACCGAUUGAGGCAAUCGGUUGCUGGUCGACCUCCUCGAGUUUUAUUAUAGAGAGUUAUUUUCGACUGAGAAACAAAAACUGUAUCAUUUUAGGAAAACCUAUUCAUUUGAAUGUGAAUCGGAUGUUGUAUGUACGUACGCUUCUGUGAGUAGAGCUAGUGGAGAUGAUUUAUUUACUGCUAGUGAAGUGAAGCGAGAGCUUUCCACGUUAUGCAAAAACGUAGCACUCUUAUAGGAAAUGCUUUUUUGGAAAAAGUUGCCUUAAAUGUUUUUACAUGAAAUACGAUUAUCUUUCUUAUUUUAACGAUGCACGUAAAUUAUUGAAAUAUAAUUUAGCUGGAAAAUGAA